AUGUCUAAGUCUGCAUUGUUUUUAGCGUUGUUUGGUAUUCUUCGGGAUGCAAUAAAGUAUCAAUCAUUGAAAAGUGUGAAAUAUUUAGUUGAUAAUGGCGCUGAUAUACAUUGUGAAGAUGAGUCAGGCAAAACUGCUUUACAUUAUGCUGUUCAUGCUGGUGGAACAGCCAUUGUCAAAUAUUUCGUUGAGCAAUGUGGGGCUGAUGUAAAUCGAAAGGAUACUAACGGCCUGACAGUGCUGCAAGAUGCUGUUACUGAGUGUACACUUGAUAUAGUAGAAUAUCUUGUUGAAAAAGGCGCUGAUGUAAAUGGCAAGAAAAAUGACGGCUGGACAGUGCUGCACUAUGCUGUUAGACGUGGUAGGUUAGAAGUGGUAAAAUUUCUCGUUAAAAAAGGUGCUGAGGUAAAUGGCAAGGGUACUAAUAAAGUGGGGACGGCGCUGCACAUUGCUGUUACGAAAGAUACACCAGAAAUUGCAGAAUAUCUCAUUGAAAAACGCGCUGAUGUAAAUGAUAGCGAUAGUGACGGAUGGACGGUGCUGCAUAGUGCUUGUACAGAAGGUACGCUAGAAAUGGUCAAAUACCUCGUCGCAGAAGGCGCUCGUGUAAAUGCAAUGAUGUCUAAUGGCAAAACAGGACUGCAUUAUGCCGUUUCGAGAGGUAAGCUAGAAAUAGUAAAAUGUCUUGUUUAUAAUGGCGCUGAUUUAAAUAGCAAGGCGACUUACGAGACGAGAGUGCGGGGGACAGUUCUGCAUCAUGCAAUUGUUAACGGUGGAAUUAACGGAAAUGAUAAGCUAAAAAUAGUAAAAUAUCUUGUUGAGCAUGGCGCUGAUGUAAAUGCAAAUGAUUCUCUUGGAUGGACAGUCCUGCACGCUGCUGUCGAUGUGGGUGAAUUAGACAUUGUCAAGUAUUUAGUUGAACAGGGUGCCGACAUAACUCUGCAAAGUAAACGCAGCGUUCAUACUCUUGGCAUUGACAUCCUCGAGAUGGCUGUUGUAACAAAUUCAAUUGCUUUGGUCAAUCUUCUGUUGGAAAAGAGCAUCGCUGUGUGGAGAGCUGGAACAUUUCUUGUUGAAGGAAGACAAAUGAGUCUUCUUGAAUGGAGUAUUCAAUUUGGUCAUGAAAUUGCAACUAACCGCUGCAAAGGGUCCGUGAAACAUCGUGAGAAAAUUCAGGAGUUAAAAGCAAUGAAUCGCAACGAGUUAAAAGAGACUGAAACACUGAUGCAAGCUUUUGUCGCAAAGAGUCAAUUCAAAAUUGGCGAAGGUGCUCGUUCAAGUGUCUAUGUUGGUGUCAUGAAGGAUAAAAGUGAUGUUGCUGUUAAGAGAAUUUUGGUACAAAGUGAAGAUACAGCAGUUGAAAACGAAAAGAAAAUCAUGAGUCUUAUUAAAACAGACAACUCUCCAUUUAUUGUGAGCUAUCGACAUUUUCACCGCGACGAUACCUUCAUGUAUCUUAUUGUUGAUCUUUGCGAAGAAACCUUGAGCGAACUUGUUCAAGCAUGCAGUAUUGAAUAUUUAAAACAGCGUGGCCCACAAAUGAUUAGGGAAAUUCUAUCCAGACUAGAAUUUCUCCAUGGUAAAGGAAUAUUGCACAGAGAUCUAAAACCAGCAAACGUCCUGGUUGAUAUCGAAGGUCGCAUGAAAUUGGCAGACUUUGGAAUAAGCCGAGUUCUUAAUGACGGUGAAACGACAGUUGAAACAUUUGCUAAAGGUACUCGUGGAUGGAUGCCACCGGAAGUAAUUGAAGCAAUAGACAAAGACGAAAAGGGUCGUUUCAAAAAGAAAUCAGAUGUCCAUGUCGCGGGUAUGAUUGCUUUCUUCAUCUUAACUAAAGGUGAACACCCUUUUGGAUCUAAUCUGGAUCGAAUGAGAAAUAUUUUGGAAGAUAAUCCUGUUUAUUUGGAGAAACUUAGCGACGAUAGAGCUCGAACGUUCGUGUCGUGGCUGAUUAAUCACAAGAUUGAGGAUAGACCUUACGCUCACGAAGCACUGGGAGAUUCAUUCGUUAUGAAUGGAGACUUGGACAACCUUGUGCAAAGAAAAAUUACGGGCCGAUAAUCCGGUGUGUAUGCACCUUUUUGAACGGACGGUUCAUAACCGUCAAGACAGAUAUUUAUAUACGAUUUAAGUUUGUCUUAGGUAGUACACAAAACAUUUCUCGCCAACAUUUUUCCAGUGAGUAAUUUAUAAGGUCUUAAUUUAUAGCUGUUUGCAAUCGGUUUUCAGCGUAAACUCGUUGAUUAGCUGAUUAAUCAUCUUAUCCUCGUGCCCAGGUCACUCCGCGUGCUGCUGUGUGGUAGUAUGCGAGCGUGAAGACCUGGGUACGAGGAUGAACCAGUGAACUCAAAUAAGACUGGAACGCUCACUCGGUCGGAAGUUUGAAGCCAAGAUGGCGGACACUGAAGCCUUUCUUGUAGGUAUGAUCCAGGCCUCCACGCGGAAAUUUCAAGCGUUCCAGUCUUAUUUGAGUUCAGUGGGAUGAACGACCUACGAUACAACUCUGCGUUGUUACUUGACCCGAAAUAUCGCAGUUCCUAGUUCGAGAUUGCCGGCGAUGUCCUUUGUCGGUGUUUAGGGAAGAUGUAUGGAAAAUUUUGCAAAUAGUGUGUUAACCAUCGUGCUUUGCGGGCUAAAUUCAACAUUUUGCGUGCGUAUACGUAGGUACAAAAAACAGAAAACAGCCCUAAUUAAGGCUUUCUUCAGACUGAUCGCCAAAACUGGCUCAUAAAACAUGCUGAGCGCAGUGCCCUUCAUUGGAAGCAUCGUGUUCAACUUAGGCGCCAGUGCCGGGCACUCAUUCUGGUCCUGAACUCAGUUUGUACGUAAAACCUGACCUAAUUUUUUAUCAUUUGUAUAUAUAGCAGUAUAGAAACUAUAGAUGUAUAAAAUCAUAUCGGACGGACUGAAGUAUCCUAGAGUAGUUUAAUAUCUCGACCACACUGCAAACGACAGAUUGGGUCGAACGUGUGAAAAUUUGCAAGUAUAAAACAGACAUUGUAGUUUUUGUU